AUGGCAACAUUGAGCGUUGAAGUGAUCUCCAAAGAGAUCGUUAAGCCAUCUUCUCCAACCCCCAACGACCUUCACCAUUACCAACUCUCCUUCAAUGAUCAAAUGUCUCCCCCUGUCUACAACCCAUUGUCCCUCUUCUAUGCCUCCGACGGCGACACCAAAUUCAACGUCGAUGACAUAUCCGACCGCCUUAAGAAAUCCCUUUCCGAGGUCUUAACCCUUUACUACCCUCUGGCUGGACGCAUCAAAGACAACUCUUCCAUCGACUGCAACGACAAGGGCAUCCCUUUCUUGCAGGCUCGAGUCGACUGCCAACUUUCCGAUGUCGUCCAGAAUCCCGUUCCCGGCGAACUCAACAAGCUGGUCCCGUUUGAACUGGAUACUCACACUGAUAUCGCCUUCGGCGUCCAACUCAACGUGUUUGAAUGCGGCGGAAUUGCCGUCGGAGCAUGCAUCUCUCACAAGGUUGCAGACGCGUUGUCGUAUUUCGUGUUCGUCAGAUGCUGGGCAGCCAUUGCAUGCGGAGACAAGGAUGUAGUGUCUCCGCAAUUUGUAGCGGCCACGCUGUUCCCGCCAAAGAAUAUAUCCGGCGGAGGGUUUGUUCCCGGCGUUGGAAUCACAAAGGAUAAUAUCAUAACAAACAGGUAUGUAUUUGAUGCGUCGAAGAUAGAAGCUCUGAAAGAAAAAUACGCUGACCAAGAAGGCAUAGAGAAGCAGAAACCGCCCUCGCGCGUUGAGGCCUUAUCAGCAUUCAUAUGGAACCGCUUUGUGGCCGCCACGAAGGAUGAAUCAGGACCGGAGAAGCUCUACAGUGUGCAUCAUGCAGUGAACCUACGGCCAAGAUUUGAGCCGCCACAACCAGAAUCUUCUUUCGGUAAUCUUUUUUCCGUUGCCAUAACAGUUCCGAAAUUGAACAGUACUGGGGAAGAGGAUGAUCAUCAUGGCCUGAUGCGUCAGGUAAGAGAGCAAAUAAAGAAAAUUGACGCAGAUUACGUGAAGAAACUCCAACAACAGGGCAACCAAUUCUUGGAUUUCAUGAGGGACCAUGCUGCAAAAUUCAUCAAGGGCGAGGUGGUUACAUUCAGUUUCACUAGUUUGUGCAGGUUUCCUCUGUAUGAAGCUGAUUUUGGAUGGGGCAAGCCUACAUGGUUUGGAUCGCCUGCCCUGACUUUCAAGAACUUGGUUUUUUUCGUGGAUACACCCUCGGGUGAUGGAAUAGAAGCUUAUGUUAGCCUGAAGAAGGAAGACAUGGCCAAAUUCCAGAGUGACGAGGAGUUCCACACAUUUGUUUCUCAAACCUAA